AUGAAGAUGGUAAUAAUAAUAAUAAGCUUUGUAAGCAUAUUAUUGCCAUUGUGCAUAGUAGCUACGGUACAAGAGCCUCCAGAAGAGUAUUUGGAAAUCCAUAAUGAUGCACGAGCAAGCCUUGGGAUUCCUCCUCUAAAGUGGGAUGUGAAAUUAGCAAAAAAAGCUCAACAGUAUUUGAAUAAACUCAUCCAAACUUGUCUCAAGGGAAAACUUCAGCCAAUCAUAAGCCGUUACUACGGCCAAAAUCUUGCGUGGCAUAUGGCAUCCGAUCCCUUAACAGGAGCAAAAGCGGUGGCGGGGUGGGUUGCCGAAAAAAAGUAUUACGACUAUAAAUCCAAUUCGUGCAUUGGCGGUGGUGAUUGUGAAUGCUACACUCAGGUUGUUUGGAGAAACACUACUCAUAUUGGGUGUGCUACAGUUAAGUGCGAUAAAUGCCAAAAGAGAUGCACCCUUGUUCUUUGUCUUUAUAGUCCUCCAGGAAAUGCUGAUGUAACUGCGGUACAAGAGUCUCCAGACGAGUAUUUGAAAGUCCAUAAUGAUGAACGAGCAAAAGUUGGGGUUCCUCCAUUAAAGUGGGAUGAGAAAUUAGCAAGAAAAGCUCAAAAGUAUUUGAAUACAAUCACCCAACAUUGUCUCGAGGGGAAAUAUCAGCCAACCAUAGACCCUUACUACGGCCAGAAUGUUGCGUGGCAUAUGACAUCCGAUCACUUUACGGGGGCAAAAGCCGUGGAGGGGUGGGUUGCCGAAAAAAAGUACUACGACCAUAAAUCCAAUUUGUGCAUUGGUGGUGAUUGUGAAUGCUACAUUCAGGUUGUUUGGAGAGACACUACUCAUGUUGGAUGUGCUAGAGUUAAGUGCGAUAAAUGCCAAGUGGGAUGCACUCUUGUUGCUUGUCUUUAUAGUCCUCCAGGAAACGAUGAUGGUGUACGUCCUUACUAG